AAACUGCGUCACCGCUUGUUCAGUGCCUCGCUGUGUUUAUGUAUGAACUGUUGACAGGAGAACGUGCACUGGGAAGACUCGCGACAACGCAUCCGUCGUUCCAACCUCAUUGUGGGGCGAAGUAAUGAUGUCUAAAGAAUCACUGCAACAAAAGAUCUUCGGUGCAGCACGUGAUGGCUUGGCGAUUACUCUCUUUGCACUGCUGAAUAGUAAGCCUAAAUGCGAGUACCCGGAAUAUCUGGACAGCUCGGUCUCUCUCGACGGCCAAAAAUGCACCCCGUUUAUUAUCGCCGCUCGGAACGGCCACCUCAACGUGAUUCGAAUGCUGCUAGAUCUAAACGGAUACAAGGUGAACUUGGAACAAGAAGGCACGGUGCAGUUCGACGGUUACGUGAUCGAAGGAGCCACCCCGCUUUGGUGUGCCGCAGGAGCGGGUCACAAAUGUAUCGUCCAGACCCUCGUCCUGCACGGUGCAGAUGUGAAUCAUCCUACACGGACGAUAUCGACGCCACUGCGCGCAGCAUGCUUCGAAGGCCGCCUCGACAUCGUGCAGUUCCUUGUCGAGCACGGCGCGGAUUUGCACAUCGCUAACAAAUACAACAAUACGUGCCUUAUGAUAGCAGCGUAUAAAGGGCAUCUCAGUGUUGUGCGUUACUUGCUUUCCAAAGGUGCUGAUCCCAACGUGCAGGCCCACUGCGGCGCCUCAGCGCUUCAGUUCGCUGCGGAGCACGGCCACUUAGAGAUAGUUAAAGAACUCUUGCAACAAAACGCGCACGUGAUGAGGAACGGUAUAGGUAUGACCCCACUAUUAGCAGCUGCUGAACGUACAAAAUGUGAGAUGGUGGAGUACCUGAUAGAGCAGCCGUGGUGCACGAGGGAGGCCAAAAUUGAAGCAUUCGAGCUGCUCGGAGCCUCGUAUGCGAACGACAAGGACAAUUACAGCCUGGAGAAAGCUUACCACUUUUUGCAUUGUGCUAUGGUGGAACGAUAUCGCCCACCACUGCUACCCAAGCAACUUGCGCCACCGAUUCCGGCAUACGACAGCAGGGUCGAGUGUUUGACGCCGGAGGAACUCGAAGCCAUUCGAGAUGACGCGCAUGCUUUACACAUGGAAUCGCUGGUCAUCCGAGAGCGAAUACUGGGACCGCAGAACCCCGAGGUCCCGCACCCCGUAAUCUUCCGCGGCGCCGUCUUUGCCGACAGCGCGGCGUUCGACCGCUGCCUGCAGCUGUGGCUCCACGCGCUGCGACUGAGAGCCGGGUCGAGACUGCCGUUACGCAAGGACCUGUUGAGGUUCGCGCAGGUCUUCAGCCAGAUGUUGCACGUCGGCGUCGAGGUACCGCCGUUUGCGGUGAUCCAGAUCGUAUCCGCGGCCGUCAAGGAGCUGGAAGCCGGCGGAGAAGACCUCGAAGCCAACCUCUACACGGCGCUCUACCUCCUGGUCAUCGUAACGAAGCUCCGCUUCUCGUCUCCGGAGGAAGAACACGAGCUGCACAGACUCGUUUACAGGCUGGCCCGGUUGAAGAGAACCACGAAAGACGGUUCGACGCUGCUGCACCUCUGCGUCAACUCGGAGACCCCCGUCGACGACUUCCACACGAAGAACGUGUGCAGAUUUCCGUGCGCCAGCACGGCAAAAUUGCUGCUGCAGUGUGGCGCCGACGCGAACGCCAUCGACAGUGAACGUAACACGCCGCUUCACGUCAUCGUGGGAUAUCAGAAACCGAUCAGUGAUUUCCUAACUCUUCACGCCAUCAUCACGGGCCUCGUCGAAUCGGGGGCACACUGUGACGUGACGAAUGCCCGCGGCGAGACGGCCUUGGAAGCGUCUACCACGGGAGUAGCCGAAAUUAUCCUUCGCACGCAGACCCAGAUCAGUUUGAAGUGUCUGGCGGCGAGGGCAGUGUCCCGAUUUGAACUUCCAUUUCGGGAUGGCGAGGUACCGAAAAGCCUCGUCGGCUUUAUCGAAAUGCACGGGGGAAGAUGUCGAGAGCUACAUAUCGGAGCUGACUGAAAAAAAAGUACCAUAGAAGGACAAAUGGAUGAAUGUGUGGGUGUGCCGAUGUACUGCCGAUGUACUGUGUAUUGUGUGUUUUCUGCAUUUAUACGGUGGCAAGAAGCAUUUUCUGGCUCGUUCUUGUUCUGUAUUGUAAAAGUUUAAACAAUCCAUUCCAAAGGGUGCUACAUUUUUCAUCGGGCAUGCAAAAAAUGGCAGUUAAUUUAAAGUGACGAGGCGGCCUCUGUGAGGACGUGUCGAGGAAGUUAAAUUUGAAUUAUGUGAGUCACGUGCGUAGAUUGGUUUUGGUUAAACCACAUCACCUUGCAAUGUGUCGACAUCUUAUAUCCGUGCAAGAUAAUAUUAUGCGGGGCAAUGCAAAAAGGAAAAAGCAGUAUAAGUGCCCAUUGGAGCUUCAAUAAAAUUAAAAGACAGUUGAUAUGCUGCUAUGUCCCCACUAUACAACUACUUUGCCCUCAUCCUGAACUCUCACACCAUCCCCUGGAUACUGCUGUACCCUUGCCUGAGAAGCAUUGGCCCUGCUGACAUGCUAAAUUUCCUGCUAAAUACUGCAUCUUUGGGGCCCUGAGAUGAUGCCGUGCACGUUAAUAAUCUGUCCCACUUCUGUAUGACGAGCUUAAUAGAAUUCCUGUUGACCACGGGACACUGAAUUCACCGCAACCUUUUCAUUUGUCUUCUGUGGUUCGUCGAAAGUAAUCAAGGGCUGCAUACGUCAUAUUUGUCGGUUGCCAGUAGCCUACCUUAUACGAGACUGAGUUUGUCGGUGAUGCUAGUCAAUGCUUUUACUUGCGGGUGGUUAUAAAAAUGUAGACAGAGUUGAACGAAGGAUUUGUAAGGCACGAGGUUUGGGACCCAAGCGCUGAUGUCGGUUCUUGAAUGAAGCCAUAUCCUAUCUUAUCUCACGAAUCUCAGAAAGUUAGUUUUGCACCAUAAAGAGCAACGUAACUUCACUACAUGUCUAGUUCCGAAUGUUUGUAGCCUUGUAAUAGGGGAAGAAUACUAGAAUAACAGAAUCUUUUUGAAAAAAAAAUCUCAUUUUGUUUCCUCACAUUAUUGUCCGACAUUCUGAUGAGUAUGUUACCAUUUGUUUACUCUCCGUCGGCGUAUCAUUUUGUCUUGCUGACUUAGUUUUUGUGAUGUACCCACAACGUUAUGUUCUCCCAGGAUGUGCUAUUGGUACUGCUAUUUAUCUUUUAAGUACGAAAUCAAUCUUUAUCCUUUCAAAUUUUUUUUUUUUUUUAUGACUGAGCGUGAGAAGUUAUGUAAGAAAAUGUGUUUUAUGUGAGCGCAGCUCACCCCUUUCCAGUGACAACCAUAGUGGCCUCUUGACACACAAAGUACAAUAACAGAGAAAUACUAGAUGCCACAUACCUGCUGAUAUUUAUGUGAAAAUACCUAAUAUAUACACAUAUAAGAGCUGACUAUUAAAGUUGUUGCGAAAUUUA